AUGAAAGAAUCAUCAUAUAAAGAGCCUUUGCUGGGUAGUUCUGUUGACCAAUUAAGCGCUGAAAUUAAAGAAGAUCUCUCGGUCCUUAAUUUUGGCUCAGCCAAAAUGACACAAAAAUCGCAAAAAGAAAUGAUGGAAACAAUCAGAUCAAAGCUGGAAAAAUUAAAUUACAUAAAUGUUUCAUCAAAUCUAGAAUUCAAGCGAAAAGAACAAAAUUAUUUAGAACUUACAAAAGAAUAUCAAGAAUUAUCACGAAGGACACAACCUUUCCAAUACCAAGAUGCUCUAGUAAGAGAUGAUUUUAAUAGGCCAAUACUAGAAGAAAGGAAUAAACAGGUUAGUGCUAUUGAGCUUAAAAUGAUGGCAGUUAGCGAACUAAUGAAAGAAGCCUCUGGACUUGCUAGCUUGCAAGACCACUCGUUAAAUGUAGUUGCUUCUAAUAUAGAUGUCGCAAAUAAUAAUGUCAAUGAAGGCAUGCAGGAGCUUAGCCAGGCAAGGGAAAGCCAAGGAACUAAAAUCAGAAUUCUGAAAUGCACAUUGAUAUGUGUUUUGGUAUUUAUAGCUAUUUUGAUCCCUCUUGCAGUUUUUAAAUAUUUGGUUUAA